AUCAUUCGAUGGAAAUACAUUGAUAAAACUCAAAUUGUUCGAUAAUACUUCUUGAGAUGCUUUAUCUACAAUUGAUAUUGUUUAUAUAGUAUCGGGUUUAAGUGUUUCAUUUCCACUUAGAAUUGAAAAUUCAUAUUGUUUUGACAUGUGGGCUGUGCUAUUAUUUUUUUCACUGUGUGGUUUAGUUCAAGGAGUGUAUAGAAUUGACCCCCUGGUUUCUACAAGAACGGGUCUUAUAAGAGGACUGUCAGGCAAUGGUUACGCCAAAUUUUUAGGCGUGCCUUAUGGUUUGGUUGAUGCAAACAAUCCUUUUGGGAAAUCACUGCCAUAUCCAGUCUUUGAAAAUAUAUUUGAAGCUACUGAAUCAAAAAUAUGUCCCCAAGUACGACAAGGGGUGCCUAUUGGUACCCUCGACUGUCUAACUUUGGACAUCUAUGUGCCAAACACUGCGGACUCACGAAACCCUCUGCCAGUAAUGGUAUGGAUAUAUGGUGGAGCUUGGGUUAGUGGCAGUAACACAGCAGAAGCUAGUGAUCCAGUCUCUCUUCUCAAGCAUGACGUCAUUGUAGUAGCUAUAAACUACAGAGUAGGUGUUUAUGGCUUCCUGUGUCUAGAUACACCUGAAGUUCCUGGCAACCAAGGACUUAAAGAUCAAACGUUAGCCCUAAGAUGGAUCAGAGAUAACAUUGCUGCUUUUGGAGGUAAUGAUCAAAAGAUCACAAUUUUUGGUGAGAGCGCCGGUGGCAUGUCAGUAAACCUACAUCUAUUUUCGCUGAAUGAAAAGCUUUUUAAUCAAGCAAUUAUACAAAGUGGCCCUGCGUUGAGUUAUUGGAUGAUGGUGAAAUCUAAUGAUACAAUACCUUCGAUACUUGCGGAAGAACUUGGUUAUUUUACCUUGGAUGUAGAUGACGCUCUACGUUACCUUUCUACUGUAGAUCCACACCUUUUAGUUAUAAGAGCUGAUGGUUUGAAAAUCACUAGUGGAUCAGGCACUGAUCAACCGUUAACAAAACCUUGUGUUGAGAAAGUCUUUGAAGGAGUCGAACAUUUUAUAACCGAGCAUCCAAUGAACGUGAAAGCCAGCAAAGCUCGUAAAACGCCAAUCAUAAUUGGACAUACCAGAAGAGAAUUUCACUUCCAAUAUGGUUAUCAAGAUGCAGCGUUUUUCGAAUCUUACGACCUAAAAACUUUAUUUAAAUUAGGAUUCUAUAUCGGAGAUGAAAUGGAAACAGCUAUAAAUGAAGUCAAGCAGUUCUAUAUUGGUGACGAGAAAAUUAGUAAGAAUGUUUCCAAUGAACUUAUAGAUUUAGGAACUGACCUCAUAUUUGGUCACUCAACGAAGAGAAUGGCUGAACAACUACUAGAAAGCGAUGCUGAAAAAGUAUACAGAUACGUUUAUUCUUAUGAGAAUGCUAGCCAUGGAGAUGAGCUAUCAUAUUUAUUUGAUGCAAACUGGUGGGUUGAUAUGACUGAGGAAGAACAACUUGCAGUCAACCAGUCUCCAAUGAAAGCCAAAUUAACCUUGCUUUGGACUAACUUUGCGAAAUAUGGAAAUCCUACCCCGGCGCCUUCAGAACUAAUUCCAUUUACAUGGACUCCUAUAACGAAGACUACUCAGCCGUAUUUAAACAUGGAUUCCGAGUUCACUGUCAGCAGCAGACCUGACCACAGCAGAAUGGCAUUUUGGGACUUGUUCUAUAAACUUUAUGGAAAACAUCAAAAAUGGUAGACUGGUAUAUAACACCAUAUCAACAUCCUCAUUAAGAAACGAAAGAAAAUGUAAAAUUAAACCAUAAAGUUACUUAAAACAA